AUGCAAGUAGAAAAAGUAAUAGGAAUUGAGGUUGAUUAUAACAAAAUUAUGGUGUGUUGCUAUGAUGGAAAAGAACAUGAAAUGGUUGAGUUUAAUGGAAAGAAGUACUUAACACCAAUCGUUGAGUUUGAAGAUGAUAUAAUUAUUGGAAGAGAAAAAAAUGAUAGUGCUGUCAAUGGCACAGUUAUUGAAGAGGUAAUAGGAAAUGGGUGUGAUAUUGAAUUCUUAGAAGAGGAAGUUUGUGGUCAACAUGUAACUUUAAAACCUGAAAUUAAAUUAGCACUCAUCUUUGAAAAAUGUUUGAGUGAAAUUCAAAAGAAAGAAAGAGUAAAGAAGAUUAUUAUCUGUGUACCAAAUGAAACACAUGAUGGGAGUAAAAGAAGAAUAGAAGUAGCAGCAAAACUUGGAGGAAUGAAAAACUUUGAAGUAGUUCGUAAAGUGGUUUCAUUGUUUUCAAUUAUUAAAAUAGAUAAUAAUUUAGAAAUAAAUGCAAGACCAUUUAUUAUAGUAGAAACAAAAGGUGAAGAAAUUUAUAUAAGUUAUGGACUUGUAAAUAGAAAAAACAAUAAAAAAAUAAUUGGAAUACUUGAAAAUAAAAUAAUAAGUAAUGAAAAUCAAGAAAAAGUUAAACAAGAAAUUAUUGGUAUGAUAGCACUAAGUCAACGUGAAUACAGUGAGAAUAAAAUAAUUUCAUUUUUUGGAAACACUUAUGGAAUUACAUCAGAAGAAAUUAAAAAACAUGGUAUUAAUGAUUUUGAAAUAAAAAAACAUGAAAUAGAUGAAGAGCUAUAUUGUAAGGCUGCUGCAAUGAUCCCAGAAAAUAAUAUUGAGGAAGAUGAAUUACUACAACAAAGAGAAGUUAUUAAAAAGAUAAACUCUUUAAAUACCACAGCUGAACAACAAAAUAAUGAAAACGUAAACAAUAUAAAAAGAAUGAAAUUAGGAUGUAAUGAAAUAAUGACAACAUCAAUGUAUUUUAAUGAUAUUAAAGAUUUUAUUAAUUUAGAAAUAGGAAUUAAAAGAUUUCAAGGAAAUAUGGAACGAUUUCAUUUUAAUCCAAUUCCUUUAAAUGAACAUUCAAGAAAAUUCUUUCCUAAUAUUGAAACAUUUUAUAUUUAUAUUAUAAGUGAUGAAGAAUUUGAUGAUGGAAGAAUAAAUAAAAAAAUAAUAUGGGAUAAAGUUAAUUAUUUAACAUAUUUACAAGAAAAAGAAGCAGGAAAUAUCUGUAAAAAUAUAGAAUAUACAAAAGAAGAUAGAAAUAAAUAUGGAACUAUAAUACCAUCAGAAGUUAAAUCACUUGGAGAUGAAUGUUUUAAAGAUUGUACUACAUUAACAUCUAUUACUAUACCACCAUCAAUUAGGAAAAUAGGAAAUAGAUGUUUUUAUGGAUGUUCAUCAUUAAAACACAUUAAACCUCAACUAAUGCCAGUUAUAGAAAUGGGAAAGAGUUGUUUCUAUGGAUGUGGUUGUGAAGAGGAGUUGAGACAAAUGGAGGGAAUCCCAGAAAAUUGUUUUUCAAAAUGA